AAAUAUGAAAUUGACAAUUUUGAUGAUGGAUUAAAGAAACAAAAUUGCAUCUUUGCAAAACACGUGUCUUCCUCUUUCCCUCCCACUUCUUCUUCUUCUUCUAUUCUCUGUCUCCUCUUUAAUGUAUUAUUUUCCUGCGUCAGAAAGAAAAGAAACCAUCCACCUACGGACAGCAACGCUGCAUGACCAUUUGAAUAGAUACCACUGCGUGACUGGGUCUUGGCGCUCUCUUCAUAAUCGACAAGACAAGCUCCAAAGAGAGAAACUUCAUUUGUUUUCUUUUUCCGGGAACAACAAUGGCAAAGAGAAAACGUGAAGAUGGAACAAGUUCUGCUGACACCAAAUCUCCCAUUUCAGAGACUUAUGAGCGGAUGGCGAAACAUCGUUCAUGUUGGAUACAUAUGCUAGCACACAUGUAUGCUCGUGGAAAGAAAAUAACUAAACAAGAAGCUGAAGAAUUAAGGAGCUUCAAGUUAACAUCUCAGUGUUAUUUGGGCACAUUCCCUUGCAGUGCCCGAUCAAAGAGGAGAAUUAAGCACAAGAAAGCAAUUGUAAAAGAGAUAAGAGAAAAGAUAAAGCUAGAUAGCGGAGCAUUUGACUGCUACUUCGAACACAUGUGGAGGAACUUCUCGGAAGAUAAGAGGACUUUCAUUACUUACUUUGAUUGCUUAUGGUUUAACCUGUACACUAAAGCAUCCUUUAAAGGAAAGGUCCUGACAUGGAUCAAGAAGAAGCAAAUUUUUUCGAAGAAAUAUGUUCUUGUUCCCAUCGUCCACUGGAGUCAUUGGAGCCUCUUGAUCUUCUGUCAUCUUGGUGAGAGUCUCCAGUCAAAACUCAGGACACCGUGCAUGCUGUUGCUGGAUUCACUUGAAAAGGCAGGACCCAGGUGCCUCGAACCAGAUAUACGAAAGUUUGUAUUGGAUAUUUAUAAAUCAGAAGGCAGGGCUGAAAAUAAAGAGCUUAUUUCUAAAAUUCCAUUGUUGGUGCCCAAGGUGCCACAACAAAGAGGUGGUGAAGAAUGUGGCAAUUAUGUUCUGUACUAUAUAAAUUUGUUUGUUCAGGGUGCUCCAGAGAAUUUCUGCAUGGAUGGCUACCCCUACUUUAUGAAACAAAACUGGUUCAGUCCUGGAUGCUUGGAGGCAUUUUUUGAGAAACUGGAACCAAUUGAAAUGUAAUCUCAUCAAUUUUUACGGGAUGUGAAUAUUUUUUAGGUGUGAUGCAUGGUAGUUUGCCCACUUUCAAGCGACCUUGCUGGCAUUUUGGCAAUCUGAUUGUGAGUGCUGGUUCCCAGUCAUUCUCUUUCCUUCCAA